CCGCCACACGCGAGGGAUAUUUAAUUUUUCUUUUCCGUCUUCUUAUUGUUAUAUAUAUAUAUAUUUUUUUGCCUUUCCUUUGUACGGAUUCCAAAGGAAGAACCGGAACCGGAGCGAUGUUCGGCGGUCUGCUCGUGCUGGCGCUCUUAGCAGGACUGCAGAUUGCUGCAGAGGGAAGGGGCACCCCACCGUGCAGACCAGGCUUCUCUGAAGAUGUAUACAAGGUACUCAUACCAGAUAUGGUGGAGAAAGGACAGCCGGUUUUCAAUGUUGCAUUUGUUGACUGCGGACAAGGUGGUCCGGUGCAGUUUGAAUCCAGUAACCCAACCGACUUCCGGAUAGAAGCAGACGGUGUGGUUUAUGCUGCCCGGACUCUUCAGCUCUCUGCACUCCAGGGGUCGCUGUUGUUGAUCAAGGCCAGUGUCUCCACCACUCAGCAGCAGUGGACAACCCAAGUCGACUUCACGCCCUUUACUUCUUCCAGCCUGCAGAACCAGAAAGUUGCUGUCCCUCCAGUUAUAUCCAAGAAUUUGAAGGAUAUUGUGUUUCCCUCACGAAACACGGACAGCCAGCUUAAACGCAUGAAGAGAGACUGGGUCAUCCCCCCAAUCAAUGUCCCGGAGAAUUCACGAGGUCCAUUCCCACAAGAGCUUGUCCGGAUCCGAUCGGACCACGACAAAAACCGAUCCUUAAGAUACAGUGUGACUGGACCCGGUGCUGACCAGCCCCCCACUGGCAUCUUCAUCAUUGAUGCAAUUUCUGGAGAGUUGUCUGUCAAGAAGCCCCUGGAUCGUGAGCACAUCCCUAGUUUCCAUCUCAGAGCUCAUGCAGUGGACCUGAACGGCAACCAGGUAGAAAACCCUAUUGACAUUGUGAUCAAUGUCAUCGACAUGAACGACAACAGGCCCGAGUUCAUCCAUCCGAUCUGGAACGGAACUGUUCCAGAGGGUUCAAAGCCAGGAACCUUUGUUAUGACUGUAACGGCUGUUGACAAAGAUGACCCUAAAACGGCUAAUGGGAUGCUGCGGUACAAGAUCCUGUCUCAGAACCCAGAGAGCCCGUCCUCCAACAUGUUCACCAUCAACAAUAAAACCGGCGGCAUCAUUACGGUGGCAGCGGGCCUGGACCGAGAGAAAGUGCCUCAGUACACACUGAUCAUCCAGGCCACUGACAUGGAGGGAAACCCCAUGUACGGCCUCUCCAACACAGCCACCGCUGUCAUCAGAGUCACCGACAUUAACGAUAAUGCGCCCGAGUUCACUACUGAGAUGUUUUUCGGUGAGGUGCCUGAAAACCGAGUGAAUGUCAUUGUGGCCAACCUGACGGUGACUGACAAGGACCAACCCAACACACCAGCCUGGAAUGCUGUCUAUAAAAUCACCGGGGGCGACCCCACCGGCAGGUUCUCCGUGCCCACUGAUCCUACCACUAACGAGGGCCUUGUUACAGUCGUCAAGCCUAUAGAUUACGAAAUGAGCAGGACAUACGUGCUAACUGUGGAAGCAAGGAAUGAGCUUCCCCUGGCCAGAGGGAUCCACUCUCCUCGCCAGUCCACCGCCACCGUCUCCAUCAGGGUCAUAGAUGUCAAUGAGAGCCCGUACUUUGACCCCAACCCAAAACUCAUUAAACUGGAAGAGGGAAUGAUGCCUGAAGCAACACUGACAACCUUCACUGCGCAGGAUCCUGAUCGCUUCAUGCAGCAAAGCAUCAGAUAUUCCAAACUCUCAGAUCCAGCCAACUGGCUGAAGAUUGACCCCAACACUGGUCGGAUUACAACAAUCGCCAUUCUGGAUCGAGAGUCGCCCUUCGUGAAGAAUAGUUUGUACAAUGCCACAUUCAUGGCUUCUGACAGUGGUAUACCUCCUGCGAGUGGCACAGGUACUCUCCAGAUCCACCUUCUGGAUAUCAAUGACAAUGCUCCAAAGGUGUUCCCCCAGGAGGCCGAGAUAUGUGAAAAACCUGAUCCCAAUGCCAUCAACAUCACCGCACAGGACGGGGACCUGAAUCCCAACGCUGGGCCGUUUGCCUUCGAGUUAGCCCAUAGGCCUUCUGACGUAAGGAGAAACUGGACCAUCACAAGACUCAGCGGUGACUACGCUCAGGUGAGCCUGAAGAUUGGCUUUCUUGAAAGUGGUAUCUAUGACCUCCCCAUCAUCAUCACAGACUCGGGCAACCUGCCCAUGUCCAACACGUCCUACCUGCGGGUCAAAGUGUGCCAGUGCGACAUGAGUGGGGACUGCACUGACCAGAUGCACAUUAAAGGUGCCGGUCUGGGCACCGGUGCCAUUAUCUCCAUUCUCCUCUGCAUCAUUAUCCUCCUCAUUCUUGUGCUGCUGUUUGUGGUGUGGAUGAAGCGUCGAGAUAAAGAGCGUCAGGCCAAGCAGCUGCUUAUUGAUCCCGAGGAUGAUGUCAGAGACAACAUUCUCAAGUAUGAUGAAGAAGGUGGAGGAGAGGAAGAUCAGGAUUACGACUUGAGUCAGCUCCAGCAGCCCGAUACAUUAGAGCCGGAUGCUAUCAAGCCUGUGGGAAUCCGGCGUCUAGACGAGAGACCCCUCCACCCGGAGCCACAGUACCCCUUGAGGUCAGCAGCGCCCCACCCUGGAGAUAUCGGGGACUUCAUCAAUGAGGGACUUAAGGCGGCGGACAACGACCCCACGGCUCCUCCCUACGACUCCCUGCUAGUGUUCGACUACGAGGGCAGCGGCUCCACGGCCGGCUCCUUAAGCUCCCUCAACUCCUCCAGCAGCGGAGGCGACCAGGACUACGAUUACCUCAACGACUGGGGCCCUCGCUUUAGAAAACUGGCGGACAUGUACGGCGGAAGCGAUGACUAGAACACACAGGUCCCCUGCCCACCCCCUUCCCCCACCACCACCCUCCGCCUCCGGAAGGAUACGAAGAUUUAAAUGAAUAUUAAAAAAAAAAUGUGAAGGUGAAGGAAAAAUGUUUCCUGUUAACAGACACGGACAACUUCUGGUUUUACCGUCCCCGAGAGAGCGACGGGACUGUGACAGAAAAAGAAAAGAAAAUAAACACUGAUACUGAAUUUUUUCUCCAAAAACAACCAACCUAGGCUUAUUGUUGUAGUCUACGCAUACAUAUGCUUGUGGAAAGGCGAAGGCUGUGGUCCGUGUUUGGAGGGAACGCCUAUGGACUGUCGCCAUUUGGAAUGUUGGUCUUGAAUGCGCUCAGUUACACUUGAAUUUCACAGUACAGAAGCACUGGGAUAUAAUGUGCCUUUUUGUACAUUUUUUGGAUCUAAACGAUUAGUUUUAUGUUCAAGGCUUUAAUGGUACAGACUUUUGGAGUGAUUUCAAACACGAUGUUACACUUUGCUCUGCUUCUACAUGCUUUUUUUUCCUUCCUCACUUUGGUGACACGACGCUCCUGUUUGAAAAUUAUUUAAACGGCAUAAAUGACGAAACGGUGGAUCACUCAUUUGCUCAGACAAAGAAAAUCAAUUAAGUGCAGCACUGUACAGUAUGCUAGACUUUAGACUUUUUCACUAAAAAAAGAAAGAAAACA